AUGCAGCCUUCCGCAGGCCACACACGAAAACAAUCUCUAGCAUUCGUCAAUCAUACUCCUCGACACUUCGAAACAAUCACAUUGGUCCCGCCAACGCCAGAAGAUACUGAGGCCGGGAAGAUGAGCCCGUCCUGCCGGGCGUUUGGCGCCGGACCUCUCUACACCAAGGCCAUCAUGGGCCAGAGUCCUUCGGCUGAGGAGAGAGAGCAGCAGAGAGAGGCGUACUCGACCAUCCUCCGGGAAGACUCGAUCCAUGUCGAAGAGUCGGAGAAUCCUGACACUUACUCCCGCCCGGACCCCUUUUCGAUACAUCACGACUGUACCGACCAGGCUCCAUACGCAAUGAUUACCGAGCAAAGCUUGUUGCACCUCCCUUUCAAGAACCCAUCACAUGAUCUGGCCUUUUUCCUGCGCACGACUGGUCCUACUACACCUCACCAUCGGCCCAGCAAAGUCUCCCAACCCGCACGUCCGCCAGUCCCUUCCAAAAAUGCUUUCAAAUUCCUGAAGAGGCGGCGAAAGCUUCCGCAGACCGAUCCUGAGAUUCAAGAUGCCGGUGGCUUGCUCGCUCCAGUUGAGCAAAAGGUCUCCGCUGGAGGUUCGUUGCUUGCUCAUGCUACUCAUACGUCAAGGACCCCAGUCACUGAACGACAGCCAGGCAGCACAUACUUUGCACUAAAAGUUCCGAAGAUGGACGAGUCGAUCGAAGCUCGAAUACAACCUGAUGGGGCACCGAUGCUGAGCCCAAGCAUCGUUGAAUCUAGAGUGUCGAUCUCCUUUGCUGACAGCAUAAACUCCAUGGAAGGAUGGAAGUACCCACGCCCUGACGAGCGACCGGCUCGAAGACCUCCGACCCCCGCAAAACAGCGAGCAUGGUGGCCUAGAGAAGAACCAACUGCGAUUCCACCGGUUGAAGAUGUCACUGCAAGUAAGCGGGCGGUCCAAUGGUGGCCAAGGGAGGAAGCAACCAUAGGUGCGACAGAUGAGCAUGUCGGUCCAAUACGGCCAGCUGCCUCGAAUCCACCCACGCCUGAGCCAGUCUCUGCCGUCUCAAUGGCCGAGUCGUAUCAGAGUGACCUACACGAUCAUCCGGCCAAUCGACCUUUCGAUGCAUCUCGGGCACUGUCAGGUCCCCCUGCCGGAUCUCGGACGUCAACCAGCUUGCCAUUGCCUGAAUUUUCGUUGCGAUACGAAGAAUUUCCCGUACAGCACCCGGGGAGGGAGAAAGACGUUGAAAUAGAACACCCUUGUCCGAGGAGGUUUGCAAGCCACCAGGUGCUCCUGCAGCGAGCCUCAAGCUUGGGUGCUUCUCUGUACCGGCGAAGCUUUACGGACAGUCCAGGUCCUCCACCACCAAAGAGUCCGCUGAGACCGCGAAAAGACGCCGAGACAAUCGAAGGCAUCCUGGCCUCGUAUGGCGAGCGAGGAGCAACGCCCAAGCUCGCACCCAGCAUCAGAGACGUCCAGGAUUUCAAUGGCGAUUUGCGGCCAUUCAAGCCGACGGUUGUGACAGACUGCACCGGUCCGAUCAAGCGGCCCAAGUCUCGCGGCAAGAACCCAGUCAUGAAGUCCAGCUACCAGUACUUGCGGCGAGAGCGGGAGGAUCGUACUCGUGCCCGCAAGCUGCGUGACCGACCUAUGCCGGAGGCCGCAGUGACCGCGAUCGACACCAUUGUCAAUGCUGUGCCGGACGGCCCUCGGCAGAAGUUGAGGAAGGCAAGACCUCACAUUCAGAUACCCGGAAGCCUGCGACCGACGCCGUUGGUCACUCGAACUUCUUCGACAGCGUCCAGCAAUGCAAGCUGGAAGAAGGUGACAGAGUCUACCCAAGCACAAGUGCCUGACGCCCGACCAGAUGUCUCUCCGGUCUCCAACAGCGGACCCACGGGAUACACGCCAGUGUCUCCUGUCACCUCAAGUAACAGUGCCACUGCAGGCACGCCCAUGGCCUUGAGCCCAGUCAUGCUUGUCGCGGAGGAGAUUCCCGUCCAAAAAGCCAAACCCACGAAGCCUGCGAAGAUACUGGUCAAGGAUGGAAAGUCCUACAACCCUCGGCCUAGGUCGGCAUCGAUCCCGCGUUCUGCCAUGAAGCGUCGUAGUCGACAAGGGGCCCAGAAUUCAUCGAGGGCCCACAGCCCAGCUCCGAAGCUUCUGAAAGAGGACACACCACCACUGCCAUCACCUCCACCCAACCGCGCUUUGCCGCCAACACCGCCAGCGUCUGGAUCAGAAAAGCCUGGCAGGACGAGAGCCGCUCGCAUUGCCGAGACCAAGAAGGAAUUGCCCGGACUUCCGAUCCACAACCUGAACGUAGCUUCGAAGACCGCGAUGGCCGAGCGACGACUUGACCCGCCUGCACAUAUCGUCACACAGCAGCGCCGAAGUGGUGGUAACAGGGAAUCGAUGAACACAGCGCGCUUCCAGGCUCGUCUUGAGGCGUUGGAGAAGCAGAAUGCAUUGCUUUCGGCAGCACUGAGUGCGGUGCUCCGGACCAAUGGUACCCUCAACGCUCCGUUGUCAGGAUUGUCUGAAGAGGAUCCUGCAUCCAGGACGAUGUCGUGGGAGAACAGAAUCGCGAGGAGAAGUGCAGCGAGUCAUGCGGCGUCCAGCAGUCAGGGUAGCUCGACUGCUUUGGAGAUGUACAUGAACACGAGGCGCGGCGGCAAGCAUGGACGUUGA